CAGAGACUCGCCUGUGAUUAUUUAAGUGCCAACAAGAAAGGCAGCUUUGCUUCCUCUCCCUCACUGAAACCUCAGAACCCUAGCUCGACAGCGAUUCAAGCCCGUUCCUAACCCAAGGCGCCGAAAUUAACCGAGGCCAUGUCGCAGUACGACGGCGGACUCGCCGGAGUGUACCCCGAGGAGGAGGAUGACCGCCUCGCCGACCUGGCGGGGGACUCCGACUACGAGGACGACGAGUACGUCCAAUCUAUUAGCAAGGCGUCAGAAGAUACAUCUGCGAUGGAUGUCCUGAAAGGGAAGGACAUACAGGGAAUUCCCUGGGAACGGCUGACCAUCACAAGGGACGGAUAUAGGAAGUCCAGACUGGAAGGGUAUGCGAACUUUGAGAACAUACCUAAUUCCGGACAAUUAUCGGAGAAGCUAUGUACACCUGUGGAGAAAGGUCAACUCUACUACGAGUUUGCGCAUAACACAAGAUCGGUGAGACCGACCAUUUUUCAUUUUCAGUUGAGAAAUUUAGUAUGGGCAACAACAAGGCAUGAUGUUUAUCUUAUGUCACACAUGUCUGUGCUUCAUUGGUCACCACUGACCUCUGAGAAGCAUGAAGUCAUUGAUCUUCAAGGACAUGUUGCUCCAUGCGUGAAGCAUGAGGGGAAUUUCUAUGAGGGCUUUUAUCGGACUCACGUUAGCACAUUGGCAGUGAAGAAUAACCUGCUGGUUGCUGGUGGGUUUCAGGGAGAACUAAUUUGCAAGUUUUUGGACCGUGAAGGAAUAAGCUAUUGUUCCAAGUCAACUCAUGAUGACAAUGGCAUUACUAAUUGUCUGGAGAUAUUUGAGAAACCUAGUGGUUCCGUGCAUUUUCUAGCAUCAAACAAUGAUUGUGGACUAAGAGACUUUGACAUGGAGAAGUUUCAAAUGUGCAAUCAUUUUCAUUUCGAUUGGGCUGUGAAUCACACAUCCUUGAGCCCUGAUGGUAAAAUCAUUGCUGUUGUGGGAGACAACCCUGACGGUGUUCUGGUUGAUGCUAGUUCGGGGAAAGUAAGUACAGCAAGGCCCAAUCGUCGGCUUUCAAACAACGACAUCGUAAUUUACACAAGCUUUUGGUUGUUUGCUUUCCCGCAGGUGAUUCACGAGCUCAGUGGUCAUUUGGAUUAUUCGUUUGCUUCGGCAUGGAACCCAGACGGCCGUACAUUCGCGACUGGGAACCAAGACAAGACAUGCAGGAUCUGGGACGCCCGUAACCUCUCCAAGUCUGUUGCUGUCCUGGGAGGCAACAUGGGAGCCAUAAGGUCGAUCCGCUAUACAUCUGACGGCAAGUUCCUCGCAAUGGCCGAAGCUGCAGACUUCAUCCACAUCUUCGAUGUCGGGAGCGGGUACGACAGGAAGCAGGAGCUGGACUUCUUCGGUGAGGUUGCCGGCAUAUCGUUCAGUCCUGACACCGAGGCUCUCUUUGUCAGCGUGCAUGAUCGCAACUAUAGCAGCCUCCUCCAGUACAGUCGUCGACGGUUCUACGGGUACCUUGAUUCAGCGUUGUGAAUAGCUAGUGGCUGAGGUCUGCAAGAGCAAGAUCGCAAGUUGUAGAAAGGAUGUACAUAUCUGUAGGUCUUGCCCUGCGCUCUGACUAAACCAAAGCUCAGCUACAAAGGUGUGGUUGCGCUGAACAAACUGACGGCCUGUUGUUAUAAGUGAUGUCAUUACCCAUACA